ACAGAGAGAGAGGGAGCGAGAGACAUCCCUGAUAGCUACACAUCAACAAGCGGGCGGUUGAAGGGACACACAAAAGAGAAAGAGGGGGUGGAGAGAAGAGAAAAAAAAAUGGUCACAUUUCUCAGACACCUGAAAACGUGCUGGUUAUUUUAGGACGCGUGUUGCCUAUUGAUGAGCGGGUAGAGCUCAGACUACUUCCACUCCGGUCAUGUUUGGAUGCUGACUUCACACUGCAAGCAGCUGAACGCUCCGGGACCUCUUGUAACUUAGAGAAGCACAACACUAAGUGAUAGCUCACUUCUGCCUGGUGCGUCUAGGUGUGCAGACACACCGCGUGCGUCCAUCGAACCUGGGGAGCGAUCUGAUUUAUUUACAGAUCUGCUCCAAUUUCACUUUGAAAUCGUUUUUUUUCUUCUUCUCAAAAUAGAUUUAUUUUUUUCCUAAAUCGAUUUAAUUCCCCCCUGGUUGGGUUUUUUCCCAAGAACCCCCAAUGCCCUGUGCACACUCGUGUUGGUCUGAGCUUUUGGAUACACUCUCUAUGCCUUGGCAGUUGAUGACUCUUACGCCUAUAUCAACGAAACUCCUCGGUCAGUCAGUCCAGCAAUAACCGACCCAACAUUUGAACCGCACGGAACAGGAGAGCAGCAACACCGAUCCUCUGGCGAACAUGGAGAACAGCCCUGAUGGUGGUGUUAUCUUAUACGCUGGCUCGUCUGGCAGCGCCAGCCCGAGUCCUGGCAGCCCGUCAAGUGGAUACCAGACCCAGUCGCCCUCCUCCCACUCGCAGCCUUCAUCCCCAGAGGGUGUCUCCUUUCAGGAGAUUGGAGACCUGAGGCAGAGAGGGGAGCGAAGGGGAGGAACCCCUUCCCCGAAAAUGGUCUUCCAGUUUCCCGAAGUAAACAAUGCUCCAGUUGCCCAAUUGACAACGGCAACCUACAACCAACCCACCGUGGCCAAAAGACAUUGCAGUUUCACUGGCACAUUCACCAAGACCGGAGGUAUGGUGCUUCUGUGCAAGGUGUGUGGAGACAUCGCAUCUGGGUUCCACUAUGGUGUGCACGCCUGUGAGGGCUGCAAGGGAUUCUUCAGACGCAGCAUUCAGCAGAACAUCCACUACAAGAUGUGUGUGAAGAAUGAAAACUGUCACAUCAUGCGCAUGAACAGAAACCGGUGCCAGCACUGCCGCUUCAAGAAGUGUCUCUCCGUGGGCAUGUCCAGAGAUGCUGUGCGUUUUGGCCGUAUUCCCAAACGGGAGAAGCAGAGACUGUUGGACGAGAUGCAGAGCUACAUGAACAGUCUCAAUGAAUCAGCUUCCAUGGAAAUGGAGGUGUCGCCUCCCGCCGACGCCCUCGGCAGUUCCCAGAACCAGGCGAACGAGGGCUCCAUGUCGCAGUCUUACCAGAGCAGCUUAAUGAACUGCGACGAGAAGCCUCUCAAGAUGGCCUCCCACAACAAAAACGUCUGCACUUCCUCUUUCCAGAACAGAUCGGUACAGGAGCCUGCACUGUCGCACCCAGCGACCCCAACGCAGCACACAGUUAAGGGGGAGCAGGCAAACCUGACAUCAAGCUACCAUGUCCCCACACACUGCCCCGUCGCCCACACCAACAAUGAAAGCUCCACUAAUACUAAUGUGGACAAUGCCAAGUACUUCUCCUCCAAUCAGAAUCAGUGCCCCGUCAGUGGCCACCUAUCACAUCAGUCCUACACAACCAAUCAGAACAGUUUCCCAGCCGGUGAUUCCCAGAACCAAAACUCCUGCCCCUGGAAGCUGAAUGGAGGUGCCAAAGUGCUGGCAUGUCCACUCAAUUCAUGUCCUGUGGCUCCGGCCAGUCGGUCCAGUCAAGAGGUGUGGGAGUCUUUCUCCCAGUGCUUCACCCCUGCUGUCAAAGAAGUGGUGGAGUUUGCAAAGAGCAUCCCAGGCUUCCAGACGCUCAGCCAGCAUGAUCAGGUCAUGCUGCUCAAAUCUGGCACCUUCCAGGUCCUGAUGGUGAGGUUCUGCUCGUUGUUUGACGCCAAGGAGAGGACGGUGACCUUCCUCAACGGGCAGACGUACUCACUGGCAUCACUGAGAGCUCUUGGCAUGGGCCACUUGCUGGACGCCAUGUUUGAUUUCAGUGAGAAGCUCGGAUCGUUGGGUCUGGAGCCAGAUGAGAUGGCUCUUUUCAUGGCUGUGGUGCUCGUCUCAGCUGACCGCUCUGGUAUAGUGGACAUGGGAGCAGUGGAGCUGCUGCAGGAGAAUCUGAUAAAGGCACUGCGCUCUCUCAUCACCAGUCGCCGCCCAGACGACAGCACCCUCUUCCCAAAGUUGCUGCUUCGUCUGCCCGACCUGCGCACCCUUAACAACCAGCACUCUGAUAAGCUCUUGGCUUUCCGCAUUGAUCCCUGAGUUCAGAGGAUCCUGCAGCCUACCGAGGUAUCUGCUGUGGGGAACCUCCCAGCUCCCCAUGCAUGCCAGGUCUCCCACACACACAGUGCACUGGCCUCUGCAUGAUGGAUCGUGGGAGCUGUGCCAAGAGGGCUGCUGUGAGAGAGUGGAUGCACAGCAGGAGGCAGAAGCUCCUGAACUCAAACUGAUCUCUUCUCCAGUUGCUUCCAGGAUCGCUCAAAAACAAACUGUUAAAAACAUAGCCGGUGUUCUUCCUUGGGUUCUUCGAGUCAACAUCAAACCACCAAGUCAUUACCUCUCCCUCCUGGAGUUUUGUCUGAGACUGUUUCUGUUCUGAAGACCAAAAAGAAAGAGGGCUUCUAGUUCCUCACCAGACUUUGUCCUUCCGUCGAAGCUUACAAAGCCAGCAGGGAGGAAGCACAAACUCUUUCCCAGAAAAACAAUGUGCAAACAUUCACCAACAAUGAUUUCGUACUGUAAAUUCAUGCAACAAGUGUAAAAUGCACUUUCCAUACAUUGAGAAACCUCUUGCAUCACUAUAUAAUAUAGCAAUAGAAAUGUCCAUCACAGUUAGGAGGACUGUUUGUGUUUGCCCUGUUGAAAUGACCUAAGCUAUUUUCACAACAUGUCAUCAUGUGGGAAAUUUAUAUAAAAAAAAUAACUCAUCUGUGACUGAGAUAUAAGACAUUUUUAAGAAAUGAGUUGCGUUGUAUUUGUAAGCGGUAAUCAGGGAGACAUUUUUGGUAAUUUCCAACCGUGUCUGAUGGGUUAUAUGUUAAGGUGUUCUGUUGUAUAUUUUGUAUAUAACCUUUAUUCUUGAUGCGUACCCUCGCUAGUUUGCAGAUUCUUGCAUAUGUAAAUUAAAUUAGUAUUGAAAUUAUUGUAUGAUGUCACACAUAAUAGAUUGCUCUACCGACUGCAGAGAAAGCAGCAUUUGAACCAUGUGUUCUGAGUAUAAGCUUUUUAUUUGAAGAUAUAUAAAUGAAAUAAAUGUAUUGUCGACCGACUGCAUCACCUUGUGAAUAUUUUGUAAAUGUUUUAUGGUGACAACAUAGAGUACCAUUAUUAAAUAACGUUAUAUAUCA